GUUUGGUUGUAGAGACACCGGCUACUUAUCCCGGCGUACGGGGUGUCCUUGAGGGCUUCAGUCAAUCGAGGAGAUUAGCAGAAGCGCAAGCAGAGGGCAGCGACCGGCUAGAUACUGACAAUGGGAGACGUUGAAAAGGGCAAGAAGGUCUUUGUUCAGAAGUGUGCGCAGUGCCAUACAGUUGAAAAAGGAGGCAAGCAUAAGACUGGCCCGAAUCUGCAUGGGUUACUAGGCCGAAAGACUGGUCAAGCUGCAGGCUUUUCCUACACAGAAGCCAACAAAAGCAAAGGAAUAAUCUGGGGGGAAGAUACACUGAUGGAGUACUUGGAAAACCCUAAGAAGUAUAUUCCAGGAACGAAGAUGAUCUUUGCUGGCAUUAAGAAGAAGGGGGAAAGGGCAGAUCUAAUAGCAUACCUUAAGGAAGCCACUGCUAAUUAAUGGUUACCUGCUGCCUUAUUUAUUUCACCAAACAAAUGGAAAUGACUCUCUGUGAUGAGAUUGGUUUUUAAACUUUCUAUUUUUACAUACAUGGUAUCUACUAAAUCUUUCUCAUCAGCCAGAGAGAGAACUUUGAUCAUGGAGGAUUGUUCAAACAUACGUACUUGUGUCAUAAUUUAUAGAAAUGUGUAAUUGGGCUUGAGUGAGUACAGUCAGGAUGGCUGUCUGAAAUGUAUCAUGUAAUUAAAAAGAAAUCCUCAAUAUUCUUUUCUGGUUUUUCUUUAUCAAUGAAUUCAGGUGCAUCAGAAGCAAAAGCAUGUUGCUUUAUAAAAUCCCUCUACUUCAGGAAGAUCUGAUUUGCCUGGUUUUGUAUGCCUGAUUUGAACUAUUUAGUAGUUGCACAUGACAAGCCACAUUACUUACAUGUCAUGGCUUAAAGUGAGCUUGUUAGAUUUCAUUGAAGUUGAAAGUACACACACACACAAGUGGCUCAAAACUGUCAUGAAAUGUUCUGUAUUCAAGAGGAUAUCUGUAGCAGUAUAAUGAACAGAUAUCUACCAGACCAAAUACGCCAUCACUGAGUAUCCUGUGAUUUAAAAGUUUUAAGUAGUUCUUGAACUUUUACAUGGCUUAUUAGGGUUACAAAUUAGUUGAAGUGUUACACAUAUAAUUUAGGUAUUAAGAGGUAGUAACUAUUAGAUUGGAGUGGGAGGAGGAGAAUAUAUUUAAAAAAACAUGGAACAAGGGCAAACAAAACCCAUUGCAUAAAAUAAUGGGUUUAACUGAAGCCAGUCAUUUAAUUGAGUAGCUUAGGAAGUGCAUAUGUAACUUGUCAAAUGCAUUUCUGCUCAAUCACUUCAAGAACCAUGUAUUAAGAGGGACAUUAAAACUUCCGUUGUGCCUGGGUUUAGCCAUAGCUCAGUUCUAAUAUUUUGUCUGCACAAUGAUAGCGUGAAUUGUCAAGUACACCACAGGUGUAAAUUGUAUUAGAAUUAAUGAGUCUUCCAUGUAUCAUUGCUUCUAAUCUAAAAGUAAUUGUCAGCAUUAAAUUUUUU